CCUCCAAUUCUCCAUCACUCGUCACAGCAGGAGCGAUCGGCCAACGGUCUCUCUCUUCGUCUCUCUCUCAUGGCGGUGCUGAGCACGUCUGUUCUGCUUGUUCGGGCUCCUUCUCGCCCUUUAGGUCUCGGCUCUCUCCUCCGUUCAAACCUGACUCCUUCUCUAUCCAAGAGGGGAAGGGUAUUCUGCUCACAGAGGGAGCAAGACUCAUCCUCCAUCCCCACCAGAGUGACCGCAGAUGAAACCCCUCGCCCUCAUCCCCCUGCUACUCACCACCACCAACAACCUGACCUUGCUUUCAGCUAUUCCUCUGCCUCCGGUAUCGGAAUCCGCGAUCCCAAGGUCGUCGUUAGACCUCAACGUUCUGCAGAGUCGACGGUGGAGCGAGUGAUAUUUGAUUUCCGAUUCUUGGCACUCUUGGCUAUUGGUGGUUCAUUGGCGGGUUCAGUGCUCUGCUUUCUGAAUGGCUGUGUUUACAUUGUUGAUGCCUACAAGGUAUAUUUAAAUAGCUGUGUGAAAGGAAUCCAUACCGGCCAGAUGGUCCUUCGCCUAGUUGAGGCCAUAGACGUUUACCUUGCUGGUACUGUCAUGUUGAUAUUUGGCAUGGGAUUGUACGGCCUUUUCAUUAGCAAUAAUUCUUCUGAUGUUCCUACUACUCACGACCGUGCUCUAAAAGGAUCCUCCUUGUUUGGAAUGUUUGCUUUGAAGGAACGACCACGGUGGAUGAAGAUCAGUUCACUUGAUGAACUAAAGACAAAGGUGGGUCAUGUCAUUGUCAUGAUUCUGUUAGUCAAGAUGUUUGAAAGGAGCAAGAUGGUGAAGAUAGUCACUGGAAUGGAUCUCCUUAGCUACUCCGUUUGUAUUUUCUUGUCAUCUGCUUCGCUCUACAUCCUCCACAACUUGCACAACAAGGUUGAUUAAGAUAACAAAAAUCUUUCUGUAAUAUAUAUGACCUUUUUAUUUUCUAUUCCCCUGUAUAUGAGUCUGCACACGUCCUGUAAAGCAUAAUAAAUAAUAGUAAGAGGCUUGUGCAGAAAAUUAUGGAAAGGUGAAAUUUUAUCAUGUGGCUUGGUAGGGCAGUCAGAUGGCCCUGAUGAGCCGUCCCCCUGUCCCUAUGAAUUUUGUAGUCAGGGGCUUUCUCUC